UACUACUGGGAUACAUAAAAAUCAUGAAAAGCCAAUUAAUAGGAUUUCUUACGAACUUUUGGAUUUCUUUUUCACUUGCUUUAUAUUUUCACAGUGGAGAAAGAGAAGAGAAAUGUAUAAUUGAAGAUGUUCCCAGCGACACGUUGGUAAUUGGGAACUAUAAAGUACAACGUUGGGAUAUACAUAACCAAGAGUUUCUUGAAUCUGCUCCUGGUUUGGGAAUGUUUGUGACUGUCACAACUCCAUCUGCUGAGGUACUAUUGUCAAAACUGUAUGGGCCACAAGGAACAUUUUCUUUUACAUCCUAUCUAUCUGGGGAGCAUGUUAUCUGUUUACAGUCUAACUCCACAAGAUUUGUGGCAUUUGCAGGAAGUAAACUGCGUAUCCAUUUGGACAUUAGAGUUGGAGAACAUUUUUUGGAUGAAUCUGUUGUUCAAGCCAAAGACAAAGUAAAUGGAGUUAACUUUAGACUAGAACAUCUAAUCGAGCAAAUUCAUCAUAUAUCCAAAGAACAAAACUAUGAAAGAGAGCGUGAAGAAAAAUUUCGGAAGACAAGUGAAGAAACCAACAGCAAUAUUUUGUGGUGGGCUAUUGUACAAACGCUAAUCCUCAUCUCCAUUGGAAUUUGGCAAAUCAAAUCUCUCAGAGAUUUCUUUAUAUCUAAGAAGCUUGUUUAAGUCUUAUAAAG